UAGGAGCCGUGACGCGUCGGAUCCCCGCGAAUGCACCGGAUCGCAGCGCGUCACGUGUCUCGGGUGGACACCGGAGGAGCGCAAAGUUCCCGACGUUCAGAUGGGAAGAGCAGGAACGCUUUCACAAGCAGAGGGACUGAAGGACAUCACCUGAGAGCCGAGAUCGAUGUUAUUUCCACACGCGCGCUUCACGACAGACGCACGCGACGCCGCAGGAUGCAUGCAUCAUGCAGGAAUUUAACGUUCCCAGUGUUGUUGCAAUGCGGCUGGGAGGAAUCUGAUGAGAGCAGGGAUCUGGGACAGUGAAGGCUGGGGUUUUCUGUGUCUGGAUCCAGACCUCUGAUCGCGCUCUCUCUACACGUCUCUCCAUCAGUGCUCGACGAUGACCAGCGCGGAUCAGGAGCAGCAUCAGGACCACACCAUGACCAGGGUCUCCAAGAAAUCCAUCAUCGCCAAGAUGUUCCGAGUGCGCAAGAGGAGGGAGAUGCUGUUGGCGCAGGUGUGUUUGGUCUGCAGUGUUCUGUUCGUGGCGUGGGGCAUGUCCACCAUCCUGACCAGGACAGGUCAUGGCAUGAUUGUGGAGGAGUCUCAUAUGGAAUCACAUGACCACUGGGGGCGACGGCUGAUGUCAUCGACACCUGAUAAUGUGACGGAGGAGAAAAACUGCACAGAGCCAGCCAUCCGUGAAUUUCCAGAUGAUGUUUUCACCAAUGCCGAGCGCAAGAGCGGUGCUGUCCUGCUACAUAUCAUAGCGGCUCUCUACAUGUUCCUGGCCCUGGCGAUCGUGUGCGACGACUACUUUGUGAUGUCUCUUGAGAAAAUCUGUGAGAAGCUGAAUCUGAGCGAGGAUGUUGCUGGUGCCACGUUCAUGGCGGCGGGGAGCUCAGCGCCAGAACUCUUCGCAUCUGUGAUAGGGGUCUUCAUCACUCACGGUGAUGUUGGAGUUGGAACUAUCGUCGGUUCUGCCGUCUUCAAUAUUCUCUGCAUCAUAGGAGUUUGUGGGAUUUUUGCCGGGCAGGUGGUCUUACUGACCUGGUGGGCUGUUUUCCGUGACUCUUUCUUCUACAUAUUGUCUGUAGUUGCUCUUAUUGUGUUUAUCUAUGAUGGAAAGAUUGUGUGGUGGGAGAGUCUGGUGCUGGUGCUCAUGUAUGUUGUAUAUAUCCUCAUCAUGAAAUUUAAUUCCAGCUUGCAGAAGUUUUUCACAAGACGGAGUGAUAAGAAUGUUGCCAAUGGAAACGCAGCGGCCGGCAGUGAACUGGAGGACGUCAAGUCCAGUAAGAUCUACAGUCGAGGUUCGGUGGUAAUGGUUGAUGAAAUCAUCAACGCCAGUCCUACGAAUUACCGUUUCCCUGAAGCGGGUCUGCGUGUCAUGGUCACCAACCACUUCGGCCCCAAGACUCGCCUGCGCAUGGCCAGCCGGCUCAUCAUAACUGAGCGUCAGAGGUUGGUCCAGUCAGCCAAUGGAGUGGAGACGGCUGUGGUGGACGGGAAGCCAGACAUCGAGAAUGGAAACGUACCAGAAGACAAAACCAAUGAAGAGAAAGAGAGUGAACUCACCUCUCCAUUCAGAUUUCCAGGCGGCUGCGUGAACACGACUAAAUGGCUGAUCUCUUGGCCGUUAUUGUUGAUCCUGUUCUUCACCAUCCCGAACUGUGCCAAGUCUCGCUGGGAGAAAUACUUCAUGCUAUCGUUCAUCCUCUCCACCGUCUGGAUCGCAGUCUUUUCCUACUUUAUGGUGUGGAUGGUGACGAUCAUCGGAUACACACUCGGUAUUCCUGAUGUCAUCAUGGGCAUCACGUUUCUGGCCGCGGGCACUAGCGUCCCGGACUGUAUCGCCAGUCUGAUCGUGGCUCGUCAAGGUCUGGGAGACAUGGCCGUGUCCAACACUAUCGGUAGUAACGUGUUUGAUAUUCUGGUGGGACUCGGCGUUCCCUGGGCACUGCAGACCAUGGCUGUCAAUUACGGAUCAGUCGUGAUGAUAAACAGUCGAGGACUCGUGUACUCUGUGGUGCUUCUGCUGGGAUCUGUCGCUCUCACCAUUCUCGGGAUCCACCUCAACGGCUGGAAGUUGGACUUUAAGCUGGGUGUUUAUGUGCUGGUGCUGUAUGCCAUCUUCCUCUGUUUCUCCAUCAUGAUCGAAUACAACGUCUUCACCUUCGUCAAUAUACCCAUGUGUCGGGAAGACUAGAGCCUCACCAACCGCUCCAUAUCCCAGAAUGCACCAUCCUGAUGUCACGAUCACCCUGAGUUUCUCCGUUCACCAUCAUCACCUCAGAUGGGACGAAUGUUAGUCUUCAUCAGGGCUAACGCUUGAUUCACUGCGACUCAUUUCACUGUGGACAGAGAAGAUCUUCCAGUCAAGCUCAUUUUCCUGACCUCGAACCCCAGAAAGAGGAACUUCUCCUCGGCAGCUCUUCUCUUCCAGCUGAGAUCUUUGAUAUCCCAAAAUGCAUUGCGUGUCCACCAAAUAUGGAUUGCAUCAGGAACGUACGGGCGCCUGAAUAAACAUUCACUCUUUUCUACACGCCC